UUUUUCAAGGGCACUUUACUGAUCAGAAGCAGUACGGUGUCUGCAUGGGGGGUGCUGAAAGGUGAAAUAAUGUGACUUUUAUUUGAGUUGUGUAGAGUAAACAGAUCUCAUGUCAAUGUGACUUCCUUCUUCAGAGGGGAUCAUUGAGAGAUCAGACCCCCUUUAGACACUGUGAAGCCACGGGCUGUCGUGAUGUCAGAGCCCAAGGCGCCCACCCCAGCCCCGGGGGACACCUAUAAAGGCUGGCUCUUCAAAUGGACUAAUUAUAUCAAGGGAUACCAAAGGCGAUGGUUUGUCCUGAGCAAUGGCUUGCUGUCUUAUUACAGGACCCUGGCAGAGAUGGGUCACACAUGUCGGGGCACCAUAAACCUGGCCACGGCCAAUAUUGCGGUGGAGGACUCGUGCAACUUCGUCAUCUCUAAUGGCGGUGCACAGACGUAUCACCUGAAGGCAAGCUCAGAGGUGGAGCGGCAGCGGUGGAUAACUGCACUGGAGCUGGCCAAAGCCAAGGCUGUCCGCAUGCAAGUAGAAUCUGAUGACUCUGGGGAUGAGUGCCCAAACACUCCUCCUUCAGCAGGGCAGGGCGGAGGCUCACGCAACUCUGAGGUGCAGUCCACCCUCCGCACUUUGGGCAGCAAGGUGGAGGAUCUCAGCACCUGCAACGACCUCAUCGCCAAGCAUGGCUCUGCACUACAACGGUCUUUGUCUGAGCUGGAGGGGGUCCGGUUGGGAGGAGAAACGAGUGAAAAGAUUCGGCAGGUGACGGAGAGAGCCACACUCUUCCGUAUCACCUCCAACGCCAUGAUCAACGCGUGCCAGGACUUCCUGGCGUUGGCUCAAGCUCAUAGUAAGCGCUGGCAGAAAGCCCUACAGGCAGAGAGAGAGCAGAGGGUGCGACUAGAGGAGACACUAGAGCAGCUCGCCAAACAACACAACCACCUGGAGAGAGCGUUCAGAGGAGCUACUGUACUGCCUCCUUCCCAGAGCAACCCUGCUAUAGACAGUAAAGGUUCAGCUCCAGGUAAGGGCGACGCCAGCGACGAAGAUGAUGAGAAUGAAUUCUUUGAUGCGUGUGAGGACAUUCAAGAGUUUAUCACUGUACCAGCAGACCCCAAAUAUCACAGGAGAUCCGGCAGCAAUGUCAGUGGAAUCAGUAAUGAGAUGGGAAUGGAUGACGGGACGACGUCGCUAGAUGAGCAGUCUUUGGCAUCUAAUCCGGAGUCUUCUCAGUCCCAGGAGGUGGUGCCUGUGAGAAAGAGGCGGAACCGCAUCCCAGAUAAGCCAAAUUACUCGCUCAAUCUAUGGAGCAUCAUGAAGAACUGUAUAGGAAAAGAGCUCUCCAAAAUACCCAUGCCUGUGAACUUCAACGAGCCUCUGUCCAUGCUGCAGCGUCUCUCAGAGGAUCUCGAGUACUACGAACUGCUGGACCGGGCCGCUAAAUGCCAGAGCUCUCUGGAGCAGAUGUGUUAUGUGGCAGCUUUCACCGUGUCUUCUUACUCAACUACAGUUCACCGCACGGGCAAACCCUUCAACCCUCUGCUGGGAGAGACAUUUGAGCUGGACCGUGUCCAGGAGAGCGGCUACAGGUCUCUUUGUGAGCAGGUGAGUCAUCACCCUCCCGCUGCAGCACAUCACGCAAUCUCCGAGCGAGGCUGGACCCUUAGACAGGAGAUUGCCCUGGCCAGCAAGUUCAGGGGCAAAUACCUUUCCAUUAUGCCCCUCGGUUCUAUUCAUUGUAUGUUUGAGAAGAGUAACAAUCACUACACCUGGAAGAAAGUCACCACCACAGUGCACAAUAUCAUUGUUGGGAAACUGUGGAUCGAUCAGUCAGGCGAAAUAGACGUCAUAAACCACAAAACAGGAGACCGCUGCCACCUCAAAUUUGCCCCGUACAGCUACUUCUCCAGAGACGUUGCCAGAAAGGUCACGGGGGUGGUGACAGAUAAAGAUGGGAAAGCGCACUACGUACUUUCUGGGACGUGGGAUGAGAAGAUGGAGUGCUCUCGUGUGAUGCAAAGCAGCAGAAGGGGAGAGAUUGGCGCCGAAGGACGACAGAAAACCGUCUAUCAGACGCUCAAAGCCAAAGAGCUGUGGAGGAAAACUCCACUGCCAGAUGGAGCUGAGAACAUGUACUACUUCUCGACCCUGGCGUUGACGUUAAACGAGCCUGAGGAGGGCGUGGCUCCCACGGACAGUAGGAGGCGGCCUGACCAGCGUCUGAUGGAGCAGGGCCGCUGGGAGGAAGCCAACGCAGAGAAACAGAGACUGGAGGAGAAACAGCGUACCGUCCGGCGAGAGAGGGAGCGAGAGUCAGCCCGCACUUCCAACCCAUCAGAGGAGGCUCUCAUUGAGGACCCCAUAUCUGACUCGCCUUUAAAAAAUGAAGAAGUCGAGAUUGCCAGCGAGCCCUCUGAGACCAAUUACAAAACUGACACAGAUGAAACCUCCUCUGAUCUCUCGCUCUCAACUGAAACACUGCACGGCUCACACCCACCAGCGUACUCAAUGGAGGGGCCUUAUGGAGCUCCAUUCAAAAGUGCUCACCAGGACAACUAUCAGGCGAUGUGGUUCGAGCGGCAUGUCGACCCGGUGACAGGAGAGCCCACGCACAUCUACAAAGGGGGAUACUGGGAGACCAAGGACCAGGGCAACUGGGACUGCUGCCCGGAUAUAUUCUGAUCCAAAUCACGCAUAUACACCCGCUCUGUGCACUAAACCACCUGAUGCCCCACCACAUCCCCAUCCCAGAAAACAAAAACAAACAGAAGCUCAGCCAGCUGCCCCCUACUCUUUUCCAUACCAUAGUAUCAAGAUGAACUUUAACACAUCAUUCUCUCUUGUGCCACCAUUAUGUCUACUCUGUGGACAUUGAGGGACUCCAAGAUGGUUUGGGAAGAUUCUCACAUCUCCAUUUACUUUUUCUCUUAAGGCCUAUUGGGUUCAUGGGUCAGUACAUGCUAGCAUUAGGACAACAUAUCCUUCACCCCACCGAUCAGCCCUGUCUGAAUCCUGCACUCCACACGUCUUCCGCAGGCUGUGGACUUGACCUUCUCAACGUCCGAAAGGGGGGUGAUUUUGCAACUUAAGGGAUAUCUAUAGAGGCGUAUUUGCUGGUGUGUCUGAAUUAGAGAAUGUGUGAGUUAAGAGAAGCGCUGUAGUGUUCAUUCCUUUAAUUGAGUGUUUUGUGAGAGAUAUCUAGCAGUUUCAUCAGGGUGUUUUUGUUUGCCUUAGUUUGUGGACUUAAAGGGGAUAGUUCGCCCAAAAAAGAAAACACUGUCAUUAUUUACCCAUAUGCUGUUAAUUUUUUGAAGAAUCUUUACAUAGCGCUUUUCCAUACAAUGACAACAGCUUUCAAGCUCCAAAAAGGACCAAGAAACAACAUUAAAGCACCAUGAAAAUAGUCCACAUGACUCGUACACUAUAUUCCAAGUCUUCUGAAGCCAUAUGAUAGCUUUUUGUGUGGAGCAGAAAGUUGUAAUUCUUUUCCAAAUGUCAUGCUCCAUUUUGCAUAUUCUUAUCGGUGCAUCGCAUUCGGUUACAACGCAAUCGAAAAGCAACCGUGUUUUGCCGGCGAUUACGUCAAAACAUGGUGCAAAACGUUGACGCUAUUUUUUUUUUUUUAUAUCCUGAACACAAAUUUCAGAACUUUGGCAAACGGGUACGUUUUUCAUGAAGAACUGCUUACAUUUUGGUUUGUUCAUCACACAAAGCUAUUGUAUGGUUUAAGACGACUUGAAAUAUAAUGCUUAAGUCAUAUGUACUAGUUUUAUGGUGCUUCAAUGAUGUUUCUUGGUCUUUUUUGGAGCUUGACAGCAAUGGGCACUAUUAACUUUCAUUGUAAAAGAGCUGCAUGUAGAUAAAAAAAUAACAGAGCAAAAAGUUUUUUAUCUGCCAAAAAAAACAAAAAAACAGAUUACAGGUUUGGAACAACAUGAGGGUGAGUAAAUAGUGACAGAUUUUUAUUUUUUAUGAACUAUUCCUUUAAUUCCCAUCACAUAUGGAUUAUGGAUUGUCCCCUCUGCUUCCAUUGCAUAGUCUCAGUGUGAUCCUGAUCUCUCAAAACAAUUAACUUCUGUCCAGAGCGCAUCUUUGACCUCAGUACCAGCAUAUCUGACUCAUCCUGGACUUACAAGGGAUCAAAACACUCUUUUUAGAAGCACUAAAGUAGCCAGAGAAAAAAUGAAGAAUGAUUAUUGGCUUCAUGGAAAACACCAGUAAUGAAUCUACGGAAACUAAGGCGCACAAGUGUGUGAAUGUGUUUGAGUGUGUGUUUGUUUGCAAUGGGGCAAAUGAGGUCAAGGGAGGACUUUAAAACCUGUAUGUGUGUGUAAUGUUUGUGUGUGUAUGCUCAUGAGUGAUGUAUUUAGGGUUUGUUGAAUAUUCCAGUGAAACGAGAAAAAUCUCAUUUUAUUUUCAAGUGUACUUAAAACACGUGUGGAAAAAAACAAUGCAGCAAUGCAAAAACAUUGCAAAUAUUUCUGUAAAUAUAUAUCAAAUAAUGAAGUAAAAAUAUUCAUACUAUUGAUCAUUCUUAUGCUGACAGCUAGAGUUAUAAUUAUGAUGGUAAUUUUGAUGUAGUUUGAGGGAUCAACAGUUAUUUAGACUUUUUAUCCUUAUUGUUUUGUCUCCAUAGUGUCUGUUUAAUAUGGGAAGCAACAAAACACCUGUCUAUUGCUCCCCAUAUCAAAAAUAAUUUUUGCAAAGAGAUCCUAACUAAUGGAAAUUAUAUAUAUAUAUAUAUAUAUAUGUAUGUAUAUCUAU